AUGAUGGAGAACUUUCACAGCCCCGUGCCUCCACCGCUCCCGCGACGCCACGUCCGGCACGGGUUGAAACCCGGUCACUUGACCUACAGGAGCCCAUACAUACUUCCGCCACCCCAACAGCAGGUGACAGUCGGUUCCCUAGGUGGUGGUCUAGGGGCAGCCGCUGGAAAUGGUGGCACAGGCACGGUCGGUGCUCAAGGUCAAGCCAUGGUAAUGCCAGGAUUUCCACUUCGUGCGGCAGCGGUCCCACAUUAUUCACCGUAUUCGCCGUCACGUUUUCACAUCGACAAACGUUGCCAGCACAGAUGCUCCUGGAAAUGUUUCUCGAUCGCCCUGAUCCUCCUCGCUGUUGCGCUGACAGCGAUGCUGGCUUACUUCGCUACAGUGAGCUCCAUGCGGCCGAUAGACAGCACGAAAUGCGUGGUGGUCCAAGAUGUCAAGGCUGUCACUCACGAGAACGCGCACGUUCACGACCCGAUAUCAACGCAAAUACCGACCGAAGAGUCGCUGCCCACAAGCACAGCGGAACACUCGAGCGCGUCGGACAGCGCCGGGGACCAACAGAGCGAUCCUCAGAUCCAGCAGUCCGCGCAACAAUGGCCGGCGGUGCUCGAGCUACAAGCUUACAACGUGGCUCACUCGGCCGUCAUACCGCCUUACAACUUCUGGAACACCGAGUUCCGUAACAAGCAGCCAGCGUUCAUCCGGCUGAACCUGACUCUACCUUGGGGCGCGAACUUCGCCGUGUACGGUAGACGUAACGUCGCGCCGAGCGUCACACAAUACGACUUCGUCGAGUUUGUGAAGGGUGGCCGGGUGGACCACAGGCUGAAGAGGGACACCGCCUCGGAGGCGGUCAGCUUCAUGAAAACGGCCGCUCAGGACGCUCGGACGAAUCGUCGGGUUGCCCGCUCGGUGUCCUCCUAUCAACAUGUUCUGAUCAAACGGACAAUCGUCGAGCCGAUGAUGGUGAACGUUAGUCUGCUACAGUAUCUAGACACAGGUCGUUGGUUUCUCUCCGUCUACAACGACGAGCUGCAGCCGUACAAGGUCACUCUGGUCGUCACCGAAGCCGAAGGAGUCUCGACUACCUGCCCGAACGACUGCUCCGGACGAGGAUCGUGUUAUCUUGGGAAGUGCGACUGUAUCGAUGGGUAUCAGGGAGCCGACUGCAGCAAGAGCGUGUGCCCGGUCCUCUGCUCCUCCCACGGACAAUACGGCGGCGGUAUGUGUCACUGCGAGGACGGCUGGAAAGGUGCCGAAUGCGACAUACCAUUAGGCGACUGCCAAGUUCCUGAUUGCAAUCAACACGGACAGUGCGUUAGGGGAUCGUGCGUGUGUAAUCCUGGAUGGAAGGGCGACUUCUGCGAUGAACCGGACUGUCCCGAUCCUAAUUGCAGCGGGCACGGCGCCUGCGUUUCCGGUAAAUGCUACUGCAAAGCUGGCUGGCAGGGCGAAAAAUGCAAUCAGGUCGACCAGCAGGUGUACCAGUGUCUGCCUCGUUGCUCGGAUCACGGCACGUACGACCUGGAAUCGGCGACCUGUAUUUGCGAGGGACAUUGGACAGGCGUCGAUUGUUCGCAGCCCAGUUGCGGCCUCGACUGCGGACCUCAUGGAACCUGCGAGCAGGGUGUCUGCAAGUGUAACGACGACUGGACCGGCACCAAGUGCGACCAGAAGCCUUGCGAUCCUCGUUGCGCGGAACACGGACAGUGCAAAAACGGCACCUGUGUGUGCAGCCAAGGAUGGAACGGAAGGCACUGCACCCUGCCCGGAUGCGAGAACGGGUGCAGCCGCCACGGGCUCUGCACUUUGCAGGACGGCGAGUAUAGUUGCGAGUGCUCGACCGGCUGGGCGGGUAGAGAUUGCAGUAUCCGUCUUGAAAUGGAGUGUAACGAUUUCAUUGACAAUGAUCAGGAUGGCAUGAUGGACUGUUCUGACAGCGAGUGUUGCUCGCACGCAACUUGCGCAGAGCAUAUCAUGUGCCUUACUAGUAAUAAUCCCGUGGACGUGCUACUACGCAAACAGCCACCCAGCGUCACGGCGUCGUUUUAUCAGCGCGUGAAAUUCCUCGUCGAGGAGAAUAGCGUACAAAGCUACGCUCAUAUGAACGAGUACACCGAAAGUCGUGUGGCGGUGAUGCGAGGCCAAGUUGUAACCGAGCAAGGAAUCGGAAUAGUAGGCAUCAGAGUGUCCGUGGACAGGGAAUCUCGCUUCGGGUUCACAUUGACGAGGGCUGACGGAUGGUUUGACGUGCUGGUCAACGGCGGCGGUGCAGUGACGCUUCAGUUCCAGCGUAGCCCCUUCAAACCCCUUACGAGGACCGUGUUCGUGCCGUGGAAUCAAAUAGUGGUUCUACCUCCUGUGGUGAUGACCCUUAACAUGGACGGCGAGUCCCAUAAAUCGAACCAACCCCCUAGUCCAGCUGUCGGUAAUUCCAUACCAUUUAUGGCAUACAAUAUAAUAGGCUUCCCAGGGAUCUCGAUGGGACUCUUUAGCGAACACGGCCCUUGUUUGGAGCACGAUCACGAGUUGCUUCGACCCAUCAUUGUCAGCACAUGGAUGCCCGAAAAAGUAGGCGCGUUGCCUGGCAAGAGUUUGGUGUUUGCCGAAAGUCAGAUCGUUCAAGAGAGCAUCUCGAUUCCGGGCUCGAAUCUACACUUGAUGUACCAAAGUAGCCAAGCAGCCGGUUACCUGUCGACAGUAAGGAUGCAGCUGACUGGCCCGUUCAUUCCAAAAUCGCUGACGCACGUCCACGUCCACGUGGAGAUCGAGGGCUCGCUGCACACGAAAACCUACGAGGCGGACCCGAACCUAACGCAUACAUUCGCUUGGAAUAAACGGAACGUUUACAAGCAGAAGGUGUACGGCGUGGCGCAAGCCAGGAUCUCGAUCGGCUAUCAACACUCCACUUGCUCGUCCGUGAUAUGGGAAACGCAGACGGCCACACUGCAGGGAUUCGACGUGGACAUCUCGGACAUCGGCGGCUGGGGACUCGAUAUCCAUCACCAUUACAACUUCCACGAGGGUAUUUUGCAGAAAGGGGAUGGAACGACUCUUCACUUCAAACAGUAUCCUCGUACCGUGAAAGUUGUGAUGGGUACUGGCCUGCAGAGGAACUUGAUCUGUCAGGACUGCAACGGUCUCGCUAAGGAUGCCAGACUUUUGACACCCGUGGCUCUGACCAGUGGUCCCGAUGGAAGCAUUUACGUGGGAGAUUUCAAUCACGUUCGAAGGAUCACACCGGAAGGAAAUGUGUACACUGUUUUAAUUCUGAGUGCAACCCAGGUAGCUUAUCAAUACUAUCUCUGCGUCUCUCCGGCCGAUGGACAUCUCUACAUCAGCGAUCCCGAGAGACAUAAGAUACUGAAGGCAUUAGCACUGGAGGAUGUGCAGAAUCCUAGCAUCAAUAUUGAGCCGGUUGUUGGAAGCGGUGAAAGGUGUAUUCCAGGGGAUGAAAGUCACUGUGGUGAUGGAGGUCCGGCUAUCCUCGCUAAGUUGGCUCAUCCAAAAGGAAUCGCUAUAGCAGCCGAUAAGACGAUGUACAUUGCCGACGGCAGGAACAUUCGAGCGGUCGAUCCCAACGGUACCAUUCACACUCUGAUAGGCCACCAUGGACACCAUAAUCAUUGGUCACCAGCACCCUGUGUAGGCGCUAUACCCGCCCAUCAAGCUCAACUGCAAUGGCCAACCGGAUUGACUCUAAGCCCUCUGGACGGUUCUCUGCACUUUAUCGACGACAGGCUAGUCCUGAAGCUUACCAGUGAUCUAAAAGUACGAGUCGUGGCUGGAACACCUCUGCACUGUACCAGCAACAGCAACGGGAACGACGGCGAAGUGUCCAAAAUGAAUUCAUCGAGCAUCACCAGUCCUAAGAAGUCGGACGAGGUCCUUGGCUCGGUGUUGGCCGUUGGCUUCAGUCCAACCGGCGAACUCUACAUAGCUGAGAGUGAUUCUCACAGGGUGAACACUAUCAGAGUGGUAGAUAGCUCUGGGAAAAUGUCACACUUCGCGGGACAACAACAGGAACGACUACGUGGCCAAUGUGAAUGCAAUAAUACGACUCCAAGCACCAAGGAUCUAGAAAGUUGCUCGUGCACCGACGACACUAGUAGCACGGAGACACUCUUAUCGUCCAACGCCAAGUUCACCGCUAUAUCAGCGAUUGCGAUCUCUCCCGAUGGUGUUUUACAUGUGGCCGACCAAGGUAGUCUGCACAUUCUCGCUCUCCAGCCGUAUCUACCGAAUCACGACGAAAGUGGGGAGUUCCAUAUACCGUUUCCACCUACCAAUGAGGUCUACGUGUUCAAUCGAUACGGUCAACACAUAUCCACGAAGGAUCUAACAUCCGGCAAGACGCGUUAUUCGUUUUUGUACAGCAAAAACACGAGUUUCGGAAAACUGUCCACGGUGACCGACAGCGCUGGCAAUAAGAUUCAGUUCCUAAGGGAUUACAGUAGCGUCGUUAGCUCCAUUGAGAACACUCAGGAUCACAAGUCCGAGCUGAAAAUCUCAGCUGUUGGGUUCCUAGAGAAACUUUCUGAGCGGGGCAGAGCUGAAAUUGCUCUUGGAUACGAUGGUUCCGUUGGAUUGCUUACCAGUCGAUCAGGAGGUGGUGAAACGUACAUAUACAAUUAUGACAGUCUAGGACGUGUUACCGAUGUGAUUCUACCUACUGGCGAGAAGCUGAAGUUGUCUUCUGAUUUAUCUGACAACGAAGGCUUGUCUGUGAAAGUGUCAGCUCCGCUACAAGCUCUAUCGAAGGGUGACAAACAACGAACAGUUGAAUUUAAGAUGAAGAAUGAACGAUCGAAAAUGUUGACGAUUACUGAUGGUACCAAAAUCAAGAAAGCCGUUGCGUUCACCAACAGCAGUCUGGAGGUCCUCCUCCCUGGCGGUGGUCGGGUCCUCAGUGCACCAACCACGAAACAUCCACUGUUAGAAGCUGCCUUACCAGUAGAAGCUGAAAUGUUACCUAUGUGGAGCUAUCAAUUAAUGUCAUUAGGCGAACUGACAAACACUAUGACCACGGCGUAUAACUUGGUCGGUGAUGUCAGUCACUUCCAGCAGACCCUUAACAGAGAAAUCUGGGUAAACGACACCAGAGUAAUAGGUGUGGAAUUCGAGCAAGCUUUCAGUCGCGAAACAUUCUACGACAAGACGAGGAAUCCACUCUUGACUGUCACUUUCGAUCCAGCUGGACUACCCUUAACCUGGCAGCCUCAUGAACAGGGUCAUAAUCUUAGUAUAACGUACGACAGGUUUAAUCGUAUAGAAAGUUGGAAGUGGGGCGCUUCUGACGAGUCAUAUGGCUACGAUCGCCACGGCCAACUGGCUGAAAUGACCAACAGCCAGGACGGUACCAAGCGUUACACAUACAACGACUUCAACAUGCUCUCUAAAAUUACCUUGGCCAGUGACAGACAUUUCUCUCUGCAGUAUGACGAUGACGGUGGUCUGCGUCAUAUUAUUCUUCCAUCUGGAACCAAACACUCGUUUUCCUGUCAGGCUUCGUUGGGUUUCCUUCGAGUGACAUAUGCACCACCGGGUAGCCCCAGAGCCUAUCUUCAACACUAUAGUCACGAUGGGAACUUGUUGCAAACUGUAUUCCCUGGGGACGGAGCUCGAAUAGUCUACAGGUAUCACACUUCAGGGCAGUUAGCCGAGGUGGUACACGGUGAUGGAAAAAGCGAAAUUAGGUACACUGAAAGUGGUCUUCCAUCAGAAGUGAUACACUCCGAAAGGGACGUCGAGUACAAGUGGGAUUAUCAGUACAGCGCUGGAUUGUUGGUAGAGGAACGCAUAGAUUUCGGUGCCAAGACCGGUCUCAGCAACGCAAAGUUCACUUUUGACUACGAUUCAAACUUCAGAUUAAUCAGUGUUCAAGGUAGAAUUGGUGGUCAGACUCUACCAACGCAUACCAUGGCUUAUAGCCUCAAGACAGGCACGUUGGAACAGAUAGGACAGUUUAAAGUGACCAGGCCACAGUCCAACGAGACCACUGUAUUUGAUGGUACAGCGCUAUUCUCUCGUAUCACUGAUGAUCGAUUCUUAGAGACUCAGGUGACCCUGACGAUUCAUCAGCUGGAGGUUUUCAGGAUGGAGUUCACUCAUGAUUCUCGAGGCCGUAUCAAUCAGACCAGAACGUAUACUCGUAAUGUUGCCGUGAAUACGUACACUAAUGUGAAGAAUUAUACGUGGGACUGUGAUGGUCAAUUAACCGGGGUUGAAGCCCAGGAACCGUGGGGAUUCAAGUACGAUGGCAAUGGAAACAUGUUAUCAUUGACGUACAGAGGGAACACGAUACCUAUGGAGUAUAGUAGCAUGGACAAAAUAGUGAAAUUUGGCGAAGGUCUUUAUAAAUAUGACAACAGAGGUUUGGUGGUUCAAAAUGCCAGGGAAGAAAGGUUUAAUUAUAACGCUAAAGGGCUUCUCGUUCGCGCUAUCAAACGAGGACGCUUUGAUGUACGCUAUUAUUACGACCAUCUUGACCGUCUGGCCACUAGAAAAGACAACUAUGGAAACGUUACACAAUUUUUCUACAACAAUCAGAAACGUCCUCACGAAGUAAGCCAAAUAUACAGUCCUCGAGAUGGCAAACUGAUGUCCUUAGUGUACGACGAUAGGGGACACCUCAUCUACGCACAAGUAUACAGGCACAAAUAUUAUAUUGCCACCGACCAGUGUGGUACUCCAAUCAUGAUCUUCAGCCAAUAUGGCGAAGGCAUAAGAGAAAUUAUGAGAUCACCGUAUGGACAUAUCGUUUACGACUCCAAUCCCUAUUUAUAUCUACCUGUUGACUUCUGCGGAGGACUUUUAGAUCAGGUGACGUCAUUGGUGCACAUGCCAAACGGUAAAGUAUACGACCCACUGAUAGGUCAGUGGAUGUCUCCUUUGUGGGAGAAUGUCCUGGACAGAGUGGACACCCCAACUCAUCUGCAUCUGUACAGGUUUAACGGAAACGAUCCUAUUGAUGUUAGGCACACAGACAGGACAAAUCAACCUACAGACCACAUAUCAUGGCUGUCGCACUUGGGCUACGACCUCAAGAGCCUGGCACCCCAAUUGUUCCCCGAGGAGCUACCUGACAGUCUAGUCCCGCCAGCCUUGGGCCCAGGUACCUCCAUCUUCGGCAAGAAGAAAAGAACAAGAAACCUGGGCGUUCAAUCGGGCUUCCUGGCUCACAUCGCACAAAGACAUUCAGGCGACGCAGUCAGCCUAUCGGCGCCACCUCGAUCAGCGCUGAAGAAGGACACCUGUGAGCUGAUACCGAGUCGUUUAGGCGCAGCUUCCGAUCCUCCGUUCGGCAAAGGGAUCCUAGUGUCGAGAACAGCCGAUGGUCAGGCUGUCGUGUCCAGCGUACCAACCGCGAAUGCUAUAUACGGUGACGUGUUCACUUCGGUGUUCAACCGUUCCUACUUCCUGCCGUUCACGUUCGUGGUUCACAGCGCCCAACAGGACGCGUUCUACUUCGUGAAAGAGGAGACCUGGAGGGCCAGCGAGGACCGUGGACAAUUGAAGCGUCUAGGUGGCCAGGUGAACACGACGUUCCACGAGAAUGAGAAUGGCAGCGGCAGCAGCUCAUUGAUAGACGUGAAGAUCCACGGUGCCAGCUACGUGGUGAAUCUACGAUACGGCACCACGGCCGAAAAAGAGAAACAAAGACUGCUUCAUCACGCCAAGGCGACCGCCAUUCGUAAAGCUUGGCACAGAGAACGCGAGGCCCUCAAGGCGAACACUCCCACCACCAUCGAGUGGAUGGUGGCCGAACAGGACGAGAUAUUGAAGUCAGGAUCCGCAUCCAGCUACGAGGGCGAGUACAUUCACGACGCGCAACUGUACCCCGAGCUCGCGGAGGAUCCGUACAAUAUCAGAUUCGUGAAGAAAGCGGUCGACCCAUCCAGCAAGAAACGGCGCAGAAGGAGAGGCGCGCCCACCUGCAAACUUUGGUGGCUGGACAAGAUCUGCUAGAUCGAGCACGCGGCGGUCGAACUAGUCCUCUUCUCCCCGGGGUCGGGAGAACUGUCCAAGUCGAAGCAACAGGAAUUUUGAAACGCGACGAGAGAGAGAGAGAGAGAGGGAGGAAGCCGAACGGAUUGACAAGAGAAAUGGAGCCGCUGUACGCGAGCGCAGCGUCCGUAUGCACACGUAAACGUACUGAACACUAUCAAAAAAAAAAAAGUUUUAUACCAAAGUCUAUUUGUGUAUUUCGA